CCCGCACCCGAUUGCCUCCGCCUCGUGCAAUGCUACAGCCCAACAAUGAUUGAAGUGCUGCAGAUUAACAUCGGGAAAAGCAGGAGCGCUCAAGAUCUUGCGCUCCAGCGUAUGAGAGAGGAAGGUGUCGACGUGAUGUUUGUGACGGAGAUCUACUCAGUCCCGGUCAAUAACGGCAACUGGGCGUCUGAUGAGGAACUUAAGGUGGCGAUUGUCACCAGCGGCCAACGGUUCCCCAUCCAGCGGGUGCGAAGCGUCCAGCAUCCCGGAAUUGUGGCGGCCGAGGUAGCUGGUAUCGUGUUUAUCUGCUGCUACAUUCCGCCAUCGGUUGGCCUACCGGACUCCGAGCGGCAGAUGGACCGGGUGGAGGUGCUAGCGAGGGGUCACCCUUGUGUCGUCUUAGCCGGAGACUUCAACGCAUGGCAUAGUGCCUGGGGGAGCGAGCGGGCCAACCUUAAGGGUGAGGCACUCCUACAGACGGCGACGGGCCUCGGAUUGGAGGUCCUGAACAGCGGUACUGAGCCGACGUUCCUGGGUAAGGGCGUGGCUCGGCCCAGCAGGGUGGACGUUGCCUUCGCAAGUCCAUCGUUCUGCCGACCGGAUGGAACAGCGGAGGUCAUCAGCUCCUGGAGGACCCUUGCCUGCUACUCCUACAGCGACCACUGCUAUAUACGGUUUGCGGUCGGGCAGCAGUCUCGUGUUGACCAGCGGCCCGGACGGGGCACUCAGGGGCUGGAAGGCGUCGAAGGACGGGAGGCGGGUACUCGCUGGCGAACUCGCCAGUUUUGCCCCCAUACUUUCGAGCUAGCGCUUGAGGCAACCCGCUUUGCAGAUCGAGUAUUUGAUGCAGCAAGCCUGGGAAGGGCGCUUACACAGGCCUGCGAUGCUACCAUGGCGAGGAUCGGGCACUCCCAGCGGAAGAAAUGCAACGUCUAUUGGUGGACCCCAGCCAUUGGGGAGCUGACCGAGCGCUGUCGGUUGGCCCGAGAAAGGCAGAGCAUGGCCUCGGACGAGACAUCAGUCGAGCUGGCUUCGGAGGAGCACCUGGAGGCGCGUGCUGCCUUAAAGGCGGCAAUUAAGGCCAGCAAAGCGCAGCAGUUCGACGAGUGGCUGCGGGCCUUAGCUGCGGACGAGACGGGACAUUGGUUCCGGCAGGUCCUUCUGCGGUUUCGGGGCAGCUGGACGGCGCGAGAACGUGACCCAGCGGUACUGCAGCGGAUCGUGGAGGAGCUGUUUCCGGAGCAUCCCCCGGUAGAGUGGCCGGACGUCGAGCCUUCGGAAGGGGACACUUCAGUCCGUCCGAUCAGUCGCCCGGAGUUACAGGCGAUAGCGAGCGAGCUGCAUCCGCGGAAAGCGCCUGGCCUGGAUGGUGUGAUAGCGAAGGUUUUCGAGCGGACGAUACUCGACAGGCUGAACAAGCAUCUCGAGAAUCCGGAGUCGCCUCAGCUGGCGGAGAACCAGUUCGGCUUCCGGAGAAAUCGAAGCACCUUGCAGCCGAUUCAGAUGGUGGUGGAAGCAGGCGAACGCGCGAUGUCCUUCGGCAGGACGAACCAGCGGGAUAAACGCUGCUUGAUGGUUGUGGCGUUGGACGUAAAAAACGCCUUUAACUCUGCCAGUUGGCAGGCGAUGGCGAUGGCCCUGCGCGAGAAAGGGGUCCCAGCGCAGCUGCAACGCCUUCUCCGCGACUAUUUUACCGACAGGGAGCUGGUGUAUGAUACCCAUGAUGGCCCGGUGUCACGUCGGGUAACGGCAGGCGUUCCACAGGGGUCAAUCCUUGGCCCGACUCUGUGGAACGUCAUGUACGACGGCGUGCUGCGUAUCCAGCUCCCCGAAGGGGCCAGUGUAGUCGGCUUUGCGGACAACAUCGCCAUCCUGGCCGAGGGCUGCACACCAGAGGAGGCGACGACGGUUGCCGAGACAUCGAUCGACGCGGUGAUGGGGUGGCUCGAGGAACGUCAUCUUAGCCUCGCCCCCCAUAAGACCGAGGCGGUCUUAAUCUCGAGCCUGCGACGAGGACGAAUGGAGGUUCCGGUACGCGUCGGCGAGGUCACCUGCAUGACUAGGAGGUCGAUCCGCUACCUGGGUGUCCAGCUUCAAGCGAAGCUAUCGUGGAGACCGCAUGUGGAAGCGGCCGUGGACAAGGCCCUCCGUGCGGUGGCGGCUGUCACCUCGGUGAUGAGGAAUCACAGGGGCCCCCAGAUGGCCAAGCGGCGAUUGCUGGCUGGAGAGGCUGAGUCCGUCAUCCGCUACGCCUCGCCCAUCUGGGCAAAGGCAACGGACCUGCAGUGGUGUCGGAGGAAACUCGCCCAAGUCCAGAGGCCGUUGGCUCGUAGAGUGACGAGUUCUUUCCGCUCAGUAUCCUACGAGGUGGCAGUGGUGAUGGCCGGUCUGGUACCCUACCGCCUUAUCAUCCAAGAAGACGCAAGGUGCCACCGUAGGCUGUUGGCCGAACCUGACACCAGCAGGAAGGAGGCACGAGCGACGGAGCGAGCGGCCACGAUGACCGAGUGGCAGGACGAGUGGGACCGUGCGGCGGCAACACCAUCGGCCAGCCGCUACUUGACGUGGGCGCACAGGAUGAUUCCCGACGUGCAUUGGUGGAUGGGCCGGAGGCAUGGAGAGGUGGACUUACAUCUCUCGCAGGUGCUCAGCGGACAUGGAUUCUUCCGCGAGUACCUGAGCGUCUGCGGGUUUGCCUCGUCCCCGGAGUGUCCACGAUGUGCAGGGUCGGUCGAGUCAGUGGCCCACGUCAUGUUCGAGUGCCCAGUCUUCGACGAUACGCGACGAGAGCUGUUGGGCUGGGGGACACCCGAGGCAGUCCGUCAAGACAACAUCGCUGAGAAGCUGCUGGAGAGUGCGGAGUCUUGGAGCAUUCAAAGAGCAGCGAGGACCAUCACUACAGUGCUGCAGCAGCUGUGGCGCGACAAGGAAGCGCUCGCCAACGGGCGAACGGAGGCGGCUAUCGCGGAAGACGAUGAGGUCGCGCUCGAAAGUGUGGCCUCACUCUUCGGCGAGGAGAUGGAGGACGACGCGAUAAGGGACGUCACGCGGCGCGUAAACGAGUUCCGAGCUUCGCGACAGCGGUCUGCCCGCAACAGACGGCGUCGUGGCAGAGCCGACGACCGGGCACGAGUGCGUCUGGCGGCAGACGUUAGAGCAGCGCUGGAAGCCCGCGACGAUGAGAUACUGCGGGCGGCAGCAGAGGCGGAGCGCGAAGGCCGGGCUCCCCCUCCAAUUCCUCGGAGAAGCAGGGGAAGACCACCUUCACCGGAGACGGUGAGGGCUCGGCAUGAACGUCGCCUGUUUAUGCAGCGAGCGUGGAGAGCUCGAGUACAAGAGAUGGGUCCGUCAACAACGCGCCGUCGUCGGUCCACUCGAACAGAGGCGGAUAUAAUUCGGGCGCGACGGAACCGAUGCGAAAAUGAGAGACGCCGUCGUGCAUUGGCUGCAGGUCGGCGUUGGACGCCCGCGGAGGAGGCUUCCGCUAGUGAAGCGGAACUGUCGGGCCGUUGA